CCUAACGUUUUUCCUGCGGGCACAGUCGAAGAUGCCUCAAUAGCUGAGCCGUCCCCUAAGCGUUUAAAAGUUAUAAAGGAGGCGUCGACUCGCUCAAGCAGCAUUUCGACCAUGUCCGCAGAAUCGUCGCGUGCGUCCUCUCCCGCUCUCAGUGGGAAGUCGUCUGGAACCAAACGAGCUGGUUCUUCCCCUGGAAAAUCGAGAAAAGCAGAUGCUUCUUCUGGUGGUAAAGUGAAGAGAAGAAAGAAAAGAGCUUUGACGGACUUGACGCUCCCGCCGAAGAAAGGAACUUAUCAGAGCUUCACGCCUCCUGUAAUGGUGAGGAGUGGAAGUGCUUCUCGUUCUACGACUGCUUGUGAAUCGGAUGGGUAUGUUCCACCGCGGAGAGCGAAGACGGAGCGUGUGACGUGGGCGGUGGAGGAUGGGAAUGUUGGCGAUGAGCUGUUGAGUAGUGAAUUUGUUGUUCGACAACUCGUUGAGCAGGGGAGAUAUAAAACACUCUUUAAGAAUCCAAAUGACCCGAAUGACCUUUCUUACGAUCUGUCGAGUUUACCCACUGUUGAACUCGAGUAUCCUAUGACUGGUGCGAAAGAAUUAUUCUUACUUGCCCGACCGAAGGACAUUGACCAUUACGAUCCGACACUCGAUAUCGAGAAUACCCUCCGUACCUUUGUAAAAGAUUUUGUACCACCUGAACACAGGUAUUUAUUCGGACCUUUUCCGGAAGAUGCGCUUCAUAGUAUCUCAAUACCAUCUACGCUUACCACGAUAUCAUCUGAUACCGAUUAUGCAACUCCACCUCCGUUCACUUCCCCCUCCCGCGGAUCGCCUGCUUCCAGAAGUCUUAUGAAAACGCUCAUAAGAGCUCGACAUCGCAAAGACGGACCGACGUUUACACAGUCGCUAAAGGAAAUCAAUAAAUGUAUUCUUGAACUUAAGGAAGACUCGUCGGGUGAAAAUAUUCUUAGGAAGGUUCCGUAUACAUGGUCAUCAUCUGGCAUCCCUCAAGGCGUAGUCCUUCGUAUAAUUGAAGAAGCAUACCAACGCUGUAUCGGGCCUAAGAUGGGACUACUUAGGAAAUACGAAGCGUUUUCCUCGAAUGUAUAUGGGGAACUCACACCCGCCUUCGUCACCGAUAUCAUCGAACGAACUGGUCUCAACUCCGAAUCGUUGCUUAUAGAUCUCGGGUCUGGCGUUGGGAACGUCGUGCUCCAGGCUGCUCUAGAAACCGGCUGUACGGCGUUUGGCAUUGAAGAGCGCGAAGAUACUGCGAAGAUUGCGGAUGAGCAUCAUGAGCAGGUGAAAUUGAGGUGUCGGAUGUGGGGCGUUAAUAUUGGGAAGGUCGAGCUUUGUCAGGGGGAUAUGACUGCGAGUCCGAGGGUUGAUGAGUUGAUGGGUAAGGCGGAUGUCGUGCUUGUUAAUAAUUACGUCUUUUCUGAAGAGUUGAACGCCUCCCUCCGACCAAAAUUCCUCGACCUCAAAGAAGGCGCAACGGUAGUCUCUCUCAAGCCGUUCGCACCUCCUGGAAAUCAAAUGCUCACCGAACGAAACUUUGACGACCUCUCUGCGAUUUUUGAUGUUUUUGCGUGUCCUUAUCGUUCGGGGACUGUUAGUUGGAGUGGGGGGAGUGGGAUGUAUUAUAUACAUCAUGUUAAUCGGGAGGGGUAUAGGAAGAAUCGGGAGGCUUUUGAGAGUUUGAGGAGGGGGGAGAGGAGACGUGGACGUCGUUAGGUCCGUCGGGCUCGCCAUUGACCGGGACACUCCUUAUCUUGGGCUCUGUAUAUUUCUCUGGCUUUAUUUUUUUCAUGCGUUUGUUGUUUAAGCUUACUUAUUCUCAGUUUCACUGGGCUCCAGACGAACAUUCUGCACACACCCUUUUCACCUCAUCCAUUCAAUCAAAGACAGAAUGGCAAGCCCAGACGCUACCAUAGCCUUCUCAAUCCACAGACUUUGGAACUCUUCUCCUUCAAUAGCAGUCCUGCAUCCACACACUUGUUCCUUAUUCUUUCACGUAUUUUUCUCCUUUUUCUCCUUUAUCGAUCAGUGAUAUAUUUUUUGUGCUGUUUUACUAGAUGUCCUGUUUUCCUCCUUUCAGUCUCAGCAGAACUCAUACCCAUUGACCUUGGAAUGCUUUUCUCACUUGCCUGAUACUGACUCCUUUCUGGCUUGGUA